AUGCAAGCACGGGCCGUGGAGCCAGAAGACGCCGAUCCCAAAAGACCGAAAUGCACUCUACCGAAGUCUACCGACGCCAGCAAUAACCCUGAAUACUUACCUGCUGCCGGCGGUUCAAUUUUUUGGGACAAAAGAAGAGGUGAAAAAGAUUUUUCUUCACAACCAUCCGGCAAUUUUUAUUAUUUGGUAGUUUUAAAGUGUUCCAUGAUUUGUUAUUUUAUCUUUCUCGGACAAAUCUUGCUGGGGACAUAAGGCGCAUAUUUAACCCAAGACUGUUUUCCCUCAGAAAGUAUCGGCAUAGAAAAAAAGUUCAAUCGAAACCGUCGUCAAGUUCAGGGACCAUCCAUAAACGACGUCACGUUUCUGUGGAAGAAAAAAAAGAACAAAAAGUGUGUGUGGGGAGGGGGGUGUCAUAAAUUUGUUACUGAGAUGAAAGUGUGAUUUUUUUAAAAAUUACUGGGGGGGGGGGGUGGUAAAAAAAUUGUCAAAAAUAGUGUUGCGUCCUUUAUUGAAGGCUACUGAAAUUAAAGUUUUAAAAUUACUUUUAAACCCAACCUAAAAUGUUAACAAAAUACGCGUGGAUCAACUGCAAAGAACUCCAAUAUCGGAUUUUAUAAAAAUUGCUUCCAUAGAAUUUCCAAAAUUUAAUUUUGUUCUGAAUUUGAAUUCAUUAAUUUCAUGCAACACUUAUAGUUGAAACGAAGACCCACAAUUCGUCAUUUCAUAACCCAGAGCCGUCGCGUGGGUCCGGCAACCCCCGCGGCUGUAUAGGGCAUUGAAUAUUUAAGAGGCCCUUCGUUUGUUGUGAUGUGAAAAAAAAACGUAUAAAUUAAAUGCAGGGCGGUAAAAACUGAAAUGUGGCAGGUAGCCUCCAAAAGUCACAUGACGGCUCUGCAUGUAAAAAUUCUGUUAAACUCUCCUUUUCAUUUUAUUCAAUAGACCCAGCUUAUGAUGAACAGUCCCCGCGUGACAUGAGACCACACAUCACAGGGCUUCAGUUGACUCACACAUUGACAGAUGGUGACAACCCGGCUGCAGCCAAUCGGAUGUUCCCGGUCGGUCACGUGCCUAACCCCGACCAAUAUCCAUACCAGCAUCACCCUCAAAUAAACCAGUCCACCCCCCAAGUUCGCGUGCCCCCCUGUGACCGGGACGCGGCUCCUUAUGGGAACCUCUACUUUGACGGCUAUUAUCACAGCUUCUAUCCGUCCUUCUCUGAGCCUAGUAAUCCCGGGUAUUGCGCCACGGGUCCGGGCAACGAGUAUGUCAAUCCGAAUGCGGUACUCCCGGUGACGCCAUUCAAUCCUAGGGUCAACUGCUAUCCUCCAGGAAAC